UUUAGUUACCUAGCCGUCAAGUGAACUCGCAUCUUGCAUCAACGAUGCGAUUGUGCUAGGGAUGAUCGGCUGCCGAUUUAUAUUUGGCAGACCGCGUCCUAAUAAUGCUUUCAUUAAUAAAGUAUUUAUUUUUUUUACUUUCUAGCAAUAAAAUAAAUUCCCAUGGCAAAUGAUGAAGAAGACGCAAGAACUAAGUUGUGUACGUACCAGUGAAAUUUUGUAGUAACUGGUCAAUAGGACGAGGGACUGAUCCGAGACUGUGAUAUCCAUGUGUUUUGGUAUCUUGAGUUGAUAGAUACGUUUCCCAGUGCAAAUCUGCUAUAGAAGUGUUUUUCUUGUUACUCCACAGACUGGCUUGGAGGCAGCGUUGGAUUCCAGAUAUUGGUAGAUGAACUGAAAACUAAAUUUGCCAAGGUGAAUGUACAUGAAAAUAAUGAACAGACUUGCACAAUGAAGGCCAAACCAAAUGAAAUAAAGCCCAGCAACCAAUGCCCUGUUUGUCCAAUGGUAUGGAACAGUGACCAAAGUGCAGAGUGCAAUAAACGCAUUAAAAAGACUCUAUUACUGGCAGAUAGAGCUAGGAGAAAGCUAAUCUAUCAAAAGCUCAUAUUCGAGUAUGGUUUGCAUCGCAAGAUUAAAAAUUAUAUUCAUCGGGAAUUGCACGUGUCUAACUUCUUUGAUGAAAAUCUGAAGCAAUGUUCUAAAGAAUAUUUUGAAUCAACUACUGGAGAAAUGAAUGUUGAAGAGAUGAUCAAAGUUCAUCUAAAAAAUCUUAAAAUUCCAACAGAUAUAAAGGACGUUGUCUUGGAUGACGUACAUCGCUGUUUUCAAAAACUAAAUGAAGAAAUUAAAGAAAAAUUAGAAGCAAUACAGUUAUUUGCUGAUUAUUUGCUGAUAAGUUCCCGAGAGAUGGAGUGAGUUUUCUUUACUAUUAAAAAUGUCUAAGCAAGUACUGUGUGUAUGAUAUUAAAAGAAAAGUAGAAACUUCUAAAGCUGUAGAAGUGUCCAUGAAUCUGAAUUUGAAAUGAAUGAAGAUGUGCUCCUUUCCUGAAGUAGAAUCAGCUCUAUUCAAGUGGUUCCAGCGGUAUCGAAAUUAUGACCAUGCUUUUGACUUUUUCUCUCUCAAUGUUUUUGAUUAAACUGUGCAUAUUGUGCUUUAAAACUUUUAAGUUCUGUAAUUUUGUCUGUUAUAUGUACAUAUAAAUUAAAAUACUCAAUGGAUUUUAAUAAUAAAAUGUGGAAAACUAAAACUAGUGGUAAGUUGAAGUUUUUCGUCGGUCCCUUUAGAUUCGAGUUAUUAUGAAUUGACUGUAUAUAUUUUUUAAAAUUUCAAAUACUGCCGAAAGCGCAGUGUCUAUGCCAAAAAAUACAUGCAUUUCUGAAAAAUUUUUGCAUUUUGUCUUGAUGUGUUGCAAAAGCGAUGAAGUUUUGUGAAAACUUUUUUUUUCUUUGUAACUUUUUCAAAGACUUUUACUUGUCCUGAUUUAUGCAACAAUCAGUUUCAAAUUGGCAUUUCAAUAUCAAUAUAAAGAUAAAAGUAGUUGACCUAAUACAGUGUUAUCUUGGGACAUAAGAGAUCACUGUAGAUGAUGUGUGAGAAGGAGGGAGAGGGUUAGGACAGUCAGUGAAGUUUAGUUCAGGUGUUCACUUCCGCAUUUUUUAGUUGGUGUCUAACUUAUAACAGAGUAAGAUAUAUAAUCUGUUAGUUCGGGUACAAAUUUGUUGUUGUAAGUUAACAUGGCUCAGUCUAAGGAAGUGAAGAUAUGACAAAUGUCGGAAGGUCCUAUUUCUGAAAAAAAAAAAGUGCUUUUGUGAAGUUGUACUGCCUACUAAAUGAUACUGUUUUAAUUAGAGGCAUCCUCAAGAGGGCAUCUGAAAAAUGGUUAAAAACCUCUAUUUAUUCUGUUUCUAACUUAAGAAUUUUGUAAAUGACAAAAUUUUACCCUACUAAAUGUAGGAGUUCAUUAAAGUCUAAAAAUAGAAUACAGUCACUUACGUUAGACUUGAUACUCUAACAAUUCAGAGAAAAAAACUAAUCGGGAAAAUAUAGCUGCCAGCAAGUGUUAAAACUUUGAUGUUUGUAGCUGUAUAAAAGGGAAAAAAAUCGGUUUUGGAACAAAACUUUCUAAAAGAUAAAUACUGCGCCUGAAAAUUGGAAAUUCGUAAUAUUGUUAGAGUUAUUGCAAGGGCUUUAAAGAACAAAGACACAAGAAAAAGUAAAGCACAGUGAAAUUUAAUCAGGAACAAGAAUAAAAUUUUAGUCUCGCCCCUGAUGACAAGGACAGCACUAAAGAGAAAAUCGAAAAAGCAAAAAAUCUUACGUCUGAUGAUCAGCAGUGUUCUUUGCUAUACGUAGAUCCGUUAAAACUGAAAAAAAAAGAGAGAAAAGAAAAGCACUAAAUACAUAGUAAAUUGCCUUCUGUAGCUUCCAUUUGUAACCAUACCAGACCAUCAGAUAGUGCUGCUGGAGCUAUAGCUAUUACUUGGCUUUUGGAUUUCAUCACAAAACAAAAUAAAGUGCUGUAAUGUAAAACCAAAGUAAUAGACAUGAUUAAAGUUAGACGAGCAAGGUCAAAAAAUUGAAGAGGCUUCAGCAAUCAGUCUUUAAGAGAAAUGAAAAUAGUGGAUUGUUGUUUGAUGGAUGAAAAGACAAAACACUGGUUAAAAGAAAGAAAGAAACUAAGUUUGUUCAACAAAAAGUUUCUCAGAAGAGCAAGUUUAAUUAUUAGAUGAAUCAAACGCCUAAUUUUUAGAGCGAGUAAUACUUAAACCUGGCACUGGAUAAGAUAUAGCAAACAUAUAUUCAUGAAGGUGGAGAACACAACAGAAAGCUUUUGAGUUUUGCUACUAUUGGAUGUGACGGAACUUUUGUAAAUUCUGGACAAUAAUGAUUGACUUCUUUGAUGGAAAAUGAAAUAAGUAAAACUUUGCAAUGUUUAGUUCGUUAGCUCCAUUUUAAUCAGUUACUGUGGUCCAUUAUACACUCAGGAACAUUGAAAAUAGUGCCUCAAGAAAGAAGAAAGGUACAAUCUCGAAAUUUCGCAUAGAAGAAGAGUGAUAUCUGAUAUGCAAAUGAUCCAAGUUUGGUGUCAGUGCGCAUGACCGUUUACCCUACAGCACCGGUGAAAUCGGGAAAAAGGUGCUAGAUAAACCAGUGCAUAAUAUAAGAUUUAUAAAUGUUACGAUUACAUCCGGAUAGUCGGAGAACCUUAAUGGGUGAAGGAUGCCAGGUAGACGAUUUAGAAAGCGUUUCUCACAGUUAAGCAAAUUUGAGAGAGGUUUGAUUAUUGGCCAGAAAAUUGCAGGCUCAUUGACAAGCUGUGUUGCUGCCCAGGUGAAUGGUUUGGAGUGUUCCGUUAGAAACUGUUGUAGGCAGUGGACAUGAAAUGGUACUCACGUGCAAAAACUGAGUCUGGAGUGACCAGGAAGACCACGAGGAGAGAGGAUGGAAGGAUUGUGCGGCAAGCGCUCGUUGAUCCCACAGUGACUUGUUUCAACAUACAAGCAAAUGUAGGGGUAGUAGUUGUUCCCCAAAUCAUUUCUAAAUGUCUUGCGGAAAUAAAUCUGCAAUCCAAUUGCCCUUUUCAUGUACUCCCAUUAACACCAAAACAUGGCAACUCUGUCUGCGAUGGUGCGAAGCCGGAGCAAUGUAUGAUGUCACUGAUAGGCAAAAAGUGGUGCUCAGUGAUGAAUUAUGAUUCAUUUUGGGGUCAGAGGGUAUCCGUGCACGGAUGAGGAGGCACCAUGAAGAAAGGUACCACACCACCCAUUUUAUCGCACGACACACUGCCCGCACAGCGGGUAUAGUGGUCUGGGAUAGCCUAUGAUAGCUGGCCCACUCUAGUUGUGGUAUGUGGAACCUUAACAGGGCAGCGUUAUGUUAAUGACAUUCUGCAACCACAUCUAGGACCAUUCCUAAAUGGCCUCCCAGGAGCAAUUUUCCAGCAAGAUAAUGCUCGCCUGCAUACGGCUAGAGUUGUUCAAGACUUACUUCCGUUUGAGACUUUUCCAUGGCCAGCCCGCUUUCCCAACUUGUCCCCUAUAGAGCAUUUAUGGGAUCAGCUGAAACGUCAGAUGUCGCUGUGCUACUCUGUGCAAGAUUUAAAAGUGGCUGUAAAAAAUUUGGGGGUCCAUUGACCUCAGAACAACAUCAGAGGUUUAAUUAGCCCA